AGCGUACUGACGAAUCAUGUUACGUCUAAUGGUUGAGAAGGAUUUAAUAUGAAAAUAGUGGCUGAUUUAUCAAAGAUACAGUAUCAAGAAGCAUGAAAUGCAUAAAAGGACAGCUAAACGGGGCACUUUAUUAAUACAAAGUAGCAAAGCAUCAGAUAAACUUUUAUGUGCCAGAGAUCAUAGAGACAAUGAAAGUGAAUCAAACAAACAUUUUCAAUUGCCAAGUUUACAGAAAAGAAAGACCUGGAAAGAUGUUGAAGGUCAGUCAUCAACGUGGGAUAAAACUAAUAGAGCAAUUGUUCCUAUAUCUCCUUCAUACGAACUGGAAGAUAGCACAACCAUAAAGGUUAAGCAACAAUGGAAUGUCAUUGAGAGUACAUUGUACGAAGGCAGCGAACAAGUAACUCACGUAGCUCUCCUAGCGGAAUGUAUGCAAUGGAGGAAGCAGAUACCACACCUGCGAGUAGUUGGGAGAAACCCAUUUAUUAUAUCUGAAACUAACUACCAAAGUCUUGAUAAAAAUACUAAUCGAAUCAAGAAUAGUUUCAAAUUAUUCAACAACAAAAUAUUUUCUGAUUCUGUGAAGGAAAGGAAGGCUUUAUUGAAACAUAAAUCACAAAGCACGUUACAGGAUAAGAUUCUCGAUAUACUGUUUAAAUAUACAAUGUCUGAAUUGUUUCCAAAUAACGAGAACAAACUUGAUUCAUUGGAUGAUGAUUUCAACAGAGUUUUGCAAAUACAGAUCGCACCAAUUCAUAGUAAUAAGAGUUCUGCAAGGAGUACAAAGCUAAAUUGGUUUGAAGAAACUAUUCCAUUGGACAAGGUAAUGGAGGAUCAUAUACCGAUUAAAAAAGGAACUGUUCAAACAGAUAUACAAGAGAUCCAGAGGAAAUAUGAUAUUGUAGGAAGCGAAAAGAGUGAUACAUUUGCUAUAGAAGAGAAACAUUUGAGGCCACAUACUAGCAGAAAUAAGCUUGGGACUGUUUUUAAUGAGAAAAUCGUGGUCAGCCCUGUACCAUACAUUUUAUCAACCAGAGAAAGUUUCUCUACCAUAAAGACUACUCCUAUAAAAUUUAUGGGACAAUCUCUAAACAUUUCUACAUUCCAAGGUUCGAUUAAAAAUGUUCCAAAUUUUAUAAAUGCAGGAAACAGUUCAACUCCAACAAAAUAUUCUAGUUAUCAAUCUGCUUGGCAUGCUCCAGUUUCUCCUGCAAUGUGGCCAAAAAAUUUAAAACUUGCUCCAUUAGAUACUUCACAACUUCCCAGUACUAAGAACAGAUCUCUCGCAUCAUCAUCAGUUGUGUUACAACGUAACAGGAAACCUUUGAGCCCUAUUGCUCGUUCCACUCCGCCUGUCUCUACACAAACGACUUAUAAUAAUAAGAAAAGUUCAGAAAUUCAGAAGACACAGAUAACUCCCGGACAAUUUCCUAAGUUAAGCAUAACUAAUACAAGUUCAGAAAAUAGUGUUAGAAAUAGUAAGAACAAAAAGGAGAGAAAUCAGUCAAAGGCGAAAUUACAAUGA